UUUCAAAUUACUGAAAAAAGUAGUGCCAAUAAAGGAAAGGCAGGCGUUGAGAGUUGAGAGUUGAGACUUGAGAGUGAGUGGGGAGUGCAGUUGGUGUUAAUUCUUCAAAAAUCAAAAAAUGAAAUAAAGCGGGAACACAAAAAUCUCAAAAACCAAAUUAAAAAAAAAAACUUACUCAAAUCUCUUCUUCUUCUUCGUCUACUCUCAGCAACAAUGGCGAGAACCAAACACCUUGCUAAACGAACUCGCACCAAACCUUCUGCUGCGGCUGCACCUGCACCUGCACCUGCAGCGACUCCUUCGACUCCUGCAAGAAGAAGCCCAAGGACUUCGGUGCAGAGGCCAAAACAGAAGAAGCGUUACAGGCCAGGGACAGUGGCGCUUCGAGAGAUCAGGCACUUUCAGAAGACAUGGAAUCUUGUUAUUCCAGCCGCGCCUUUUAUCAGACUGGUCAGAGAAGUUAGUCACUUUUUUGCACCUGGAGUAACUCGCUGGCAAGCUGAGGCUUUAAUAGCUAUUCAGGAGGCUGCAGAAGAUUUUCUAGUUCAUUUGUUUGAAGAUGCAAUGCUGUGCGCUAUUCAUGCGAAACGUGUGACACUUAUGAAAAAGGAUUUUGAGCUGGCUCGACGUCUUGGAGGAAAAGGGCAGCCUUGGUGAAGACCAUAUACCAUCCUACCUCAAGUAGAUAAUCCCGCAGCUUCAGUUCAAAGAAUCAGCCUCCACUGGAGUUUAUAAAGUUCAUUUAUCAGUACUUGUAGAUUGUUACUAUUUUGACCAUUACCUGUUGUAAUUGAAUGAGCUAAUUAUAGUACAUGAUCUUCAAGUUCCAAAUACUGUAGUAGCAAUUCUUAUAGCCACAGUUUGACUUAGUUGGAUGAUAUUCCAUGUGAUUAUAGUGGACCAGCUACCUAUAUGACAUUCAGAAAGCAGUUUGUUUGCAGACACA